AUGGCUUACAAGGCCGAAUACAAGACGACUUUCGAGCCUGGACGUGUCAUUCAACCCAUCUAUACCGGAGGAAGCGUUGCCCUCAGCCAGGAUGGUCGCAUUCUCGCAUCCUGCGUGGGAGAAGAUGCUCUAUUGAGUGAUCUGGCCACCGGCGAACAUCUGGCUAGAAUCGAAGGCGACGGUGAAUCCAUCACCACUCUUGCCAUGACCCCCGAUGCAAAGUACCUGGUCUUGUGCUCGCGCAACCUCUCCAUGCGUAUCUUUUCCCUGAGGACGUCUCCUACCGCCGACAACACCAUAGACGCCACUCUUCUGAGGACUCUCAAGCCGCAUACCGCGCCCGUCGUUGUCGCAGCAGUCGAUCCUACCUCUACUCUCCUAGCAACUGGUGGCGCUGAUGGUAUCGUCAAAGUCUGGGACAUCAAGGGAGGCUUCACAACACACACCUUCCACGGUCACAGCGGCAUCAUCUCUGCACUUCAUUUCUUCCACGUCGACUCGUCAGCAUCCGCCGCCGAAACCCAGUCGCGCAAGAGAAAGAGCAGGUCGGCCGAUGAGGAUGCUGCAGAUGCCACUGCUGGCUACCGUUUAGCAUCAGGAGGCGAAGAUGGAAAGGUCAGAAUUUGGGACCUUCAUAAGCGCAAGCCUGUUGCCACUCUGGAUUCGCACGUUUCGGUUGUCCGCAGUCUGGAUUUCUCCUCCGAGCACCAACUACUUCUUUCCGCAAGCAGAGACAAGACCGUCAUUACAUGGGACGCAAAGACAUGGCAGUCGAAAUUGACGGCGCCUAUCCUGGAGACUGUUGAAAGAGCUGGCUUUGUCGCAAACGGUGACUUCUUCUUUACUGGUGGAGAGAAUGCGAGAGUUCGUGUCUGGGACAUGGCCGGCCACGAGAGAACAGAGGAGCAGGAGCCUGGGGUCGAAACUGAGGCCAUUUUGGACAUAAUUCAUCACUCUGAUCUGCCCUUCUUGCUCUCCAUCCACGUCGACCAGACACUGGUUCUGCACUCGCUGGAGCCGCUCAUCCAAACAAAUGUCGACGCCACAAUCCCCCCGCUACCCAUUAUUCGCCGUAUCUCUGGUACCCACGACGAGAUCAUCGACAUGGCAUACGUAGGCACAGACAACUCUAUGCUCGCCCUGGCAACCAACUUGGAAGACAUCCGCCUGAUCACCCUCAACACCGAGAGCAAGAACGAAAGCUCGAGCAUCGCAGACGCCGCUUACUUUGGUGCCGACGUUGCUCUCCUCAAGGGUCAUACCGACAUCAUCAUCACCAUCGACACUGACUGGUCAGGCCACUGGCUCGCAACUGGAGCCAAGGACAACACUGCGAAACUCUGGCGUCUGGAUCCCGCAAACAACUCGUACACUUGCUACGCCACAUUCACUGGUCAUGCCGAGUCAAUCAGUGCCGUCGCUCUGCCCCAUGCCAUCCCUGUUGUCGGCUCAAACGCCCACAGCAAGCCGUUAGAGCACCCGCCAACCUACCUGAUUACUGGUAGUCAGGACAAGACCAUCAAGCGCUGGGACAUCAGCUCGGCCAAGUCGGAUUCCGAGGCCAAGGCAGUUCGCGCAUCAUACACACGCAAGGCUCACGACAAGGACGUUAACGCUAUCGACACAUCCUACUCCCAGCAAGGCACGCUCUUCGCUUCUGCUUCUCAGGACCGCACGGUGAAGAUUUGGGAUUUGGAGACUGGUGAGUCUGUCGGUGUACUUCGUGGCCACAAGCGUGGUGUCUGGUCUGUUGCAUUUGCUCCUCCUGGUACCCCAGCGAUCGCGGGCGAUUCUGGAUCUAGCAGUGGCACAAGAGGCAUGGCUGUUACCGGAAGUGGUGACAAGACUGUCAAGAUCUGGAGUUUGAAUGACUACACAUGUUUGCGAACAUUCGAAGGCCACACCAACAGUAUUCUCAAGGUCAUCUGGCUUCCCAUCUCGAAGAACCCCGGAAAGCGUGGCGAGCGUAACUUGCAAGUAGCUAGUGCAGCAGGUGAUGGUCUCGUCAAGGUCUGGGAUGCUCAGAGUGGCGAAUGUGCUGCUACUCUUGACAACCACAUUGACAGAGUCUGGGCCUUGGCCGUCAAGUCCAACCGAUCUGGAACUGUCAAGGCUGCCUCCGCAGAUGAGGAUGAGGAAGCGCCCGAGCCUCCUGUUGAGCUCAUCUCUGGUUCUGCAGAUGCCACUCUCACAUUCUGGACCGACACUACUCUGGUGACAUCGCAAGCUUCGGCAUCUCGUGCCACUGCUCGCGUGGAACAAGACCAGGAGCUGCAAAAUCACAUCCAUGCCAAGAACUACCGUGAAGCUAUUGUAUUAGCGCUACAACUCAACCACCCCAAACGCCUACUAGACCUCUUUACACGUGUCCUCGAGUCAGAGGACAAGGACGAAGGUAGCUUGACUGGUGCCAAGGGUGUUGACGAGGUUUUGGGUUCGUUGUCCGAGGAGCAGCUUUGGAAGCUCCUACUCAGAUGUCGUGAUUGGAACGCCAAUGCUCGCACCGCUCAUGUCAGUCAACGCAUUCUCUACGCGCUCUUCCGUCUGUAUCCCAAGGAGAAGUUCGUUCAAUUAAGGCGAAAGAGAGCCCCGAAGCCUCCCGAAAAGGUCAAGAAGAACGAGAAUGUCAAGGACGUAUUGGAGGGUCUCAAGGCGUACACGGAACGACACUACGGACGUCUGGAGAAGAUGGCAGAGGAAAGGUGGGUCUUGCUCUGGACUUUGCAGCAGAUGGACUCAUGA